AUGAGCGAAGUGCUGCGGCACAGUCAUUGGAAGGCACGAAAGAAUGGCUACGAGAGAGUGCAAGGGGAUCCCAUCAAGUACAAGAAGCUUCUUCUCGACAGCAUCAAGUACAUUGCUAAUGAAGGCAAUGCGGCUGUCCAGGAGGCUGCAAUCGAGGCGCUUGUGAUUGUUCUCACCGAGUGCAAUGACGCGGAGCGCAGUCAGCUCGCUGAAGGAACACUUCCCAUCGUGGUGGAGAAAGGCAUCACUGGACGGCCGAAAGCUGUGCAGUUGAGCCAGCAGUUUAUUUUUGCGCUUGUAGAGGCGGGUAGCGGGGCGGCCGUGUUUGCUGCCCUUCUCCCUGCAUUAGCGCAUAAGGCACCGAAGAAUAGGCUAGCUGCAGCGCAAACAGCGACGUCGCUGGUCUCCGACUACGGGGUGCAACACUUUCCCCUCAAAGAAAUUCUGAAGGCUAUGCAGCCGCUGUUCAACGAUGCGAACGCUCAAGUUCGGAAAGAGGCAAUUGCAUUGUGCUGCCAGUGCUAUCGGUACAUCGGCGCUAACAUCAGGGGCUUCCUCACAGACUUACGAGAGGUUCAGCUACAAGAGCUUCAGAAGCAGUUCGAGAGUCUAAAGGUGGGCGAGAGGCCCCCAAAGAUGAUUAAAGGCGCUGAAGGAUCGAGUAGCGACGGGAAGGGCGGUAAGAACUCUCUUGCAGCGGCCAAGCCAAUAGGAUCUCUCACUGGUGAGGAUGCCGCUGCUGUGGUUGACGAUGCCGGCUUCGAGCUUCUAGAGGAGUCUCUGAUUAUACCGCGCCUUCCCAAAAAAUUUUUCCGCGUCGCGCUAGACAAGGAGACAACGUGGCAGAGCCGCGUUGAGUACGUGAACGAGCAUCUUGUGCCUCUCCUAGCUGCGCCUCGAUUCCGUGCAAAGGACAACUACCACGAGCUUGCAAGCAUGAUGAAGGAAUACCUAGUUGACCCACAGGCGCCACUGAUGCUGCUUGGCUUCAAAAUGGUGCAGGAUUGUGCCCGCGGGCUGCGCAGCGACUUUGGGCCUCACGCCAGGCUUUUUGUUGCAUCAUUGCUAGGCAAAAUGAAGGACAAGAAGGUGAGCGUGCAGCUCCAUGUCAUGAAGACGUUAGAGGACUUGAUCUGCUUCAACUGCAUCUCGAUGGAUCAGUGCAACGACGAUUUUGACCAGGCGCUGCAGAGCAAGAACCCAACGCAGCGCACGGUCCUGCUGAACUAUCUCAUCCGUAUGGUGGACACCCUCGGCGAUUGCAGCCGCUAUGUCAAGCUGGGGCGUUCAAUAGCGAUGCUGGCGCGCGCCGUCAACGACGAGAAGGCGUCGAUUCGCGAUGUGGCGUAUGUGCUGCUUGACAGACUUAUCCGAGCCUUUGGUGAGGCUCAGUACAAGAGUAUCCUGGAACACUUAGAUGACAACCAGCGUCAUAACAUGGCCGCCGCAGUCGCUCGCGGCGCGCCGACUGUGGGACCGCGCUCUGUCGCCUCGCGGCAGGCCUCGGACCUCUCUAUCUCACAGAGCGGCGGCACUACCGGCACGACCCCAUUCAACUCACCUGCCAAAAAGAUACCUCGUGUUGAGGACUCGUCCGCGGCGACGGCAGUGCUGGCGCCACCGUCACAAACGCGCAUCACAUCCGCACCAUGCACGACGGUUGUCGCACGGCGUCUCUCUGCUUUUGCCAGGGAGGACGGUGCUGAGGGCAAUACAGAACCACGCGGGACGCUGGUCCUGGAGCCACCUCGAACCUCGUCGCUGCUGCGCAAGUCUGCCCUCUCGCAUGCGUCCGGCACGGAGCGGCCGUCUGUUACAGGGAGUAGUGUUGCUGCCACGCGCGGCAGCGGUGCUGAACAGAGCAGCGCCAGAACUACCGCGGACGACUCCAUUGCCCUGGAGUCGCUGCUCCCGUCGAAGAUGGAGUCUCUGACGAUGAUAUUGGGGAUGCUGAAGGGUAAUAACGCGGUGCUUGAUAUGGUGCGCUCGCGCGAGUGGGCGCGGCGGCAGGAGGGCAUGAGCAAGCUCUUCGUAAUGGUGCAGCAGUGGACACCGGCGCAGACGACACGUGCUAUGGACUGCUUAGUAGUGUAUAUCCGAGCACACCCCUCCUUUCGCGAGCCGACUUUUCAAGUUUUCACCCUCAUCACGCAGGUCUUCCAGGUGGCUCUGGCGAAGGCCGUGACGUUGACCAUGGCAGCUGGCUACGCCAUUGUGUCUGGCUUCACAUCACGCCUUGCAGAGCCCAAGAACAAGCCUUUGGUGCGCGAGGUGUGCGACCUUAUUGCCCGAAAACUUGGCCAGCGCUUUGUGGUGCGCCACAUGUUGGACACGACAGCUAUGAUCAAAACACCAAAGUUGCUGCAGGAGGUGUGCGAGUACGUACGGGAGGCGGUGCAGCAUCAACCAGACAGUGAGGAGGCUGGCGGAGAUGCAGUGGAUGCCAGAGGGGUGCUACAUUUUGUGAAGACGGUGUGCUCCGACGUCAACAACGCCGGCGUGCGUCAGGAGGCGGCGUUGCUCCUCGUGGCACUGCAUCGUUCACCGCAGGCGUCGGCCGCAGCGGUGGAGAGGUGCGUGGCGUCACUGCAGCCGCCGCUGCCUUCCCUGUACGAGCGAGAGCUGAACCGUUUGGAGGGCGUGGCCACGAUUACUGGGUCCUUAGCGCCGACAAGAGCCUCAGUAGCUCUCCCCGCUGGUGCACCCGCCCUUGGUGCGGCUGCGCCGACGCCGCCGUCUCCUACCCAGAAGCGAGCGCGCGCGGUGAGCCAGUCAUCUGGGCCCGGCACGCGCGCGAGUGUCCUGGCACAGUCGUCACCGAGCUGCCCAUCAGUGCACCGACGCUCGCUUAGUGACGCUGAGGUACCUCCAGACUUUCACUAUCGCACGUCCUCUUCUGGCGGCACAGGGGUGGCAGUACGCCUUACCAACGGGCGUACCAGCUCGAGGCCAUUGCCAAGCAACAGCUGCUCUGUCAGCGCGGCGCCGCCAGGAGGUCUCCGCCCCAUCCUGUACGAGAUCACCUCCGGCGAGGACUGGCGUGAUCGACUGAAUGGUGUCCGACGCGCCGAAGCGUUUGUGGCAGAAGCACCGCGACCGCUUCCAGGCCACUGCGCCGCCGCGCUGCUCAAGGCUCUGCAAGGUCGCUUCGAGGAGGCCAACAAGAACAUCAUCGUGGAUGUGCUGCGCUUUAUUCCCGUAGUAGUCAAUGCCGCCGGGCCAGAGGAGUGUCGUGCCGCGCUGCGGCAGCUGACCCCCGGCGUGCUGGCAAUGCUAGGAGACCAGAAGGCUGCCUUGCGUGAAGAGGCGCGCAAUGUGGCGUUCUUCGCCAUGAACGUUGUGGGCCUCGAAUCUCUCCUACCACUACUACAGCGGCCGUUGUCAUCGGACUCAAACUUGUGUCGGCAGAACGUUCUGGAGAUGAUGGUGAGUGGAUUCGAGCAGCUCCCGGCGGAUGCGACGCUGCCGCGCGUCGGAAUGCAGCUGCUCACGCCGGCUGUGAUAGCCUCCAUUAUGGACCGCCUGCUUGACGUCCGUCUGGUCGCGGAGCGGGUGCUGGGCUGGAUGUUAGGCGUUGUCGGUGAAGAUGCAGUCAUGCAUAGCGUGCAGCAGCUCAAGCAAGCGGAACAGCAGGCGGUGAUGCCGGCAGUGGAGCGCCAGAUUGAGCAACGGCGACGCCAAGCGCAAGAGGGGCGGCCAGAGGGCCAGCAGGAUCAGCUGCCGUCAACCGCGAAGACUGUUCAGCCUUUCUCCACAGUCACAAACAGCCUUUUUGACAACGAAGAGAGUCGCCGCACGACACCGCGACGGGCUAUGCCGCGGGCAAGCAGCCCUGCCACCCCACGCGUGGCCAACGGCGGCUCCACGACACCGCGUCGCCUGUCAGCUGCUCACAUCCCAUGCGAUGCGCGUUCAGCUAUCAACACCAUGCGACAGAACGGUAACCGUGCCGGCACACCGAUACUGGAACUUGCGCCGAAAACUCGACUAGUGCAGAAGGAGGCUGCAAGUAUCACAGCGGCGCCGUCAUCACCGCCGCCGUCGGCACCCUCGACCGCUGCGUGUGAAGGCGGAGAAGCGACGCCAAUGCCGUCAUCCUCCAAUGGGCCGGCCGCUGGAACCUCGGCGCACCCUAGUCGUCCGUCUGCCGUGUCGAAGGCGACCGUGCCAACAAAGGUGUCGCCGCCGUCGAACACGUUGCGGACCCCGACCACGUCCACCGACAUCUCGCCCUUCGCCGACGACAACGAGGGACUGUACACAAUACGUGAGAUCCUUGUCGGGCUGCGGUCGGCCACCUCCGACGUUGCACUGGCGAUGUGCAAAGAAUUUUGCCGCCACCUACACUCCGGCGUCGACUGCGGCACUCCUGAGAUGGCCCAGGUGAUGGUGGAGCGUUUGUACGAGAACACGCAGAGCUUUGACAGUGACUUGGCUCAAGCGUUGAUCGAGUGCCUGGCCGCAAUGUUCGUGACCCCGCGCUGCGCGAUGCGCUUUCAUAGUCAGCUGCUGUUUCGCAUGAUGGGUGCCUUUUUUGACUGCCUGCUGUCGGAGAAGUUCUCGCUGCACGAGCUGGUCAUCAAGGCCUUGAACGUUGCGACACUGAAACUGCUGGAGGGUUGCCCGGCUAACGACGUGUUCACCGCGCUGCUGUCCCGACUGACCACCUACUCCACCAUCUACCUUUCCACUGGCCAGAAGGCCGAUCUGAAGUUCAUUCAGGUGACAGUGAAAUGCGUGAUGAGAGUAGACUUGAUCAAGGUGAGCGCUGAGACCAUCAUUCUAUGCUGCCACAGGUACUUGCUGCAGCACCCGCCAAGUGCGUUUCGAAGCUUGGACGACUUGCCGAUCCGGACGGUGAAGACAGUCUUACAGACAACGACAAAGCGGCUCGGGGUAUCGCUCCUGGCCACAGCCGAGACGCUGGUAGGGCCGCAGAAUCUCGUCACGCACUUUAUUCGCGCCUGCCUCGAGUUGCGCAACAAGACCGCAAAGGAAAGAGGGCAGAAUGAGGAGCAGGCGAUCGAGGAGAGCCGACACGAACAGCGAGCGAGCCAGUCGCCGGCCCCUCUUCCCGCAAAAGAAAAGACCUGCUCCCCGCGAACGCCGCCGAACAAUAUCGCUGCUUCCACUAGUGUUACUAGUACUGCCGCUGCCACUGCCUCGGUCACUCCAAGCAAAAGCACUGUCACGCCGUCGCGGCGAAAGAAGCGCGUGAGUCACCACGCUGACCCCAACGAAACUCCGGCAUCCUUCCUCAACACAACGACAGUGGCCACUCCUGGCGCCCCGUGUGACGGCUCUUUUUCGCCGUCCGCACCGGCGUGUUCGGUGCGCGCCCCCCUGAAAGCGCAUUCAGAGCUACCGGCUGCCGGUGCCGCCGGUCAGGGUGCACCAGAAAGCGCUACAGCACAGUCGUCCAUAGUAGUUACUCCGUCCAAGGUGACGCCGCAGGGUGUGCUAAACGGGCCCGCAUCUUCCAGUCAAGCAGAUGCGCCGGCAGCGUCCCCGAGAGACGUCAAGAAGGACCUGACGGAGAUCUUUGCCCACAUCCGCAACCACGUCACUUCGAGCAGCGGAAUCGAUGAGCUCUACUCCUUCCUGAAGGAUGUACCACCGAGCACUCAUGAGGAAGCAUUUCGCGUGCAUUUCAAUCGCUGCUCGGAGGCAUUCCGGCUGUACAUCAAGCGAAAGCUUGAGCGCAAGGUUGAGGAGGACACCGCCAAGCCUACGAGCUUCCAGCUGCCGGCAGUGAUCCAGCAUCUGUCAUAG